AUGCGGAAGGAAAAAAAUGGAAAAUCUAACAACUACUGGAAAGAUUGCAGAGAAAAAAGAUCGCAAUCAACAAUAAAUAACCUUUGUAAAGUCCUUGUGUCACUUAUUGAAUUAUUGAGUAUCACUAUAUUUCAACUUCUACAAAUUAAUCACGUUGAUACUGGCUUCGAUAUUGACAAGCAAAGUGAAGCACGAAGUCUGAUUCCGGCAACUGUCGGUAAAUAUAACGCCAAACGAUGUCUGCGUCAGUUAAGUGCCUUCAAGUCUGUGUGGCUAUAUUAUGCAUACUACAAUUGUGCUCUUACCUUAAGAAUAAACACAAACAAGACAGACAUAGCUAACAUUGUCGUAACUCAGAUGCCGAACAAUGCAGCGGCCAACCUGGUUGGGCAAAAGUUCAACGACAGCAUGCCCAAAUAUAAAAAUGAUUCAUUGGCACGUGAAUACAUCGACAGCAUUCAGAAUGGGUUUACUUGCUGCGGAUAUAAUGGCUACAAAGAUUGGAGUAAUUUGCCACAAUUUAAAUCGGGUGAGUUGCCAGGGAGCUGUUGCACCAAUUUUACUGGAAAGUUCGACGGCUGUAAUUACCUUUCCCAAAACGAAAGCUACUACUAUCAAGUGGCCUGUAUAACUCCAAUUCAAUCCAAUCUGAAAGCCAUUCUCUUCGGCUUUGGAAUCAUCUCAAGCAUAACUGCCGGAGCUUUGCUUAUAACUCUGAUUCUGGCUUCUUGCCUGGCCGACAAAAUGAGGAAAGAAUACAAUCCCGUUUAA